CCAGCAGACGAGCUUUAUCCAGACGGAGUUGGGGGGACAGUAAGGGGCGAGAGUCGAGCAGGAGACAGGAUCCAGAGCCAGGUGUCAGGGCAGGAGCAGAGACGAGGUACACGGUCAGGUGCAGAGCAGAGACGAGCCAGAGGCAGGAUCCACAGCCAGGUGUAGGACAGUAGUACUGUUUGGUGAUUUGGUUCGGACGGGUAUCAAAUUGCACAGCGCCGCUGAAAUCGCGCUGCUGCCAGACCUUUGCACCACACCCGUCGCUUAAAUCACACCACUGGACCUCAGCACGCGUCUCUACCAUGUAAUUAACUUUGAAAACUGGCUGCCUCUGCCGCGCCACUCGCGUUCGGUGUGAACACAGCAUUGCCCUAUCCAUAAGACAUGCUCCUAAACUUAACCCUUCCUCUGGGUCCGUGCGGCCAAGAAAAAAGUUUCAGCACUGGCUGCACGUAUUUGGAAAAUUACGUGUGAAUAGUCACUUUCUUUCAGGCAUUUCAUUGUAUUUGGUGUGAAUUGAACAAUCUGCAUGUGCUAUAUUAAAACAGUUCUGAGCCACAGCUAGUGUUGCUGGUGCAAUGUAGCCUAAAUUAUAAUGUAAUUCAAAGCAUUUUUCAUGGGCUAGUAAAAGUUAUUUUUCGUGUGUAAUUUUAUUAUACAGCAGGGUCUGAUACACACAGAAAAUAUGUCACUUCACCGUUUCUGAGAAACACCUCUAUGUCUGUCAUUUGUGCCCCCCCUCUUGUGCCAAGCUCUUCACUCAUGGAAGACACAGCUUGCAGAAAGGGGAGGGGUCAGGGGCGGGGCUACCAGCUAAGCACCAAUGACCACGCCCACGUGGAGGAGAUUUUGGAAACGGAGGCUUAAGACAAACAUGAAAUGUGGCUUUUUAAGACAAUUAUGUUGUGGGAUUUUUGUUAUAAUUUUAUAAUCAUAAAUAGAAAACCACUCGGAAUGUUUUUGUUUAAAUAAAAAAAGAUCUUGGGGGACUAAACACAUCUCCCCUCCUUAAACGGUGUCACGUGAUCACUGUUCUACACUGAAAGAGUCUGUUGGAGCGGGCGGGUCGAUGCAGCAGGUCCAGCAUUAUGUAAAUGAGCAGCUGCUGGGUCCAGAUUAGGACUGUGCUCGGGAUCAGACGAACGUCCUGAAGCCACGCGGCGCGUGUCUGCACGGUUUUCCACGUGCUUCGGCGGACUGUUUGGUGAUGCCCCGCUCGAAACUGACCGCACGUGCAGCAACAACAAUCGUGGCGGGGCAGAGAAGCUGCUGUUCUGAGCAUGCUCAGUGAGCCCACGCCCCCCGUCCCCCGCUCAUUGAGUUAAACUCGCUCUACUUCAGAGCAUCUCUGUCCUAAAGAUAACAGACUCUGAAACCAAAUAACCUCUUUUAUUGCAGUUAGAGACCGUCUGAUCUCCACUAAAAGCACAACAGAAUGUUAUUACCAUUUUAUUUUGACAGUACAGACAAUAUGACUGUGCUGCUUAGCUUGGUGUGGGGUUUAGAGAGACCAGGCUGUAUGUAGGUCGGGCUGGGCUUAAGCAGCUUAGCUACGUCAGCCUAAGCUGGGAGGAAUUCAUCCAAAACCCUCUGCAGUAGGCGGGGGCCUAAGCGAGGCUGGCCUAGUUAAGCCUGAUUCUUAUUGUGUGCAGCACAUCCUGUUUUUGUUGUGCAGCGUAGCUGUGAGAGAACCCAGCAGUGUGUGAAGCCAUGCACCUGUUAGCUACAGUUUACCAUUUAAACCAGAGAGGGGAGAUGAGACAUGGAGGGGGUUAGAUCUAUGGACCAAAGGAAGAUGGCAGCAAGGACUAAAAACAGGACGGAUUAAAGAGCCACCGCAUUGAGUGUAGAGUUUCUUAGAAGGGUGACAGCAUCUGAUCUGACGCAAUCUGAAUCCAUUAUGCUAUGAGAUGGCUUCCAGCUCCAUGUUUCCGUCCAGCAUGGUGGGAAAGGCUCGGUCCUCCAACUUCACCCUCUCUGAGAAGCUGGACCUGUUGAAGCUGGUAUGUCCACACAUCCGCAUCCUUGAGGAGCACACCAACAAGCAUGCGGUCAUUGUGGACAAGAACAAGUGCUGGGACACUGUGGCUGAGCAGUACAAUGCUUUGGGAGGAGACAGACCCCACCGCACCGCUCAAGGCCUCAGGACCCUCUAUAAGAGACUAAAGGAGUCGGCCAAACAGGAAGUGAUGCAAAGGAGACACGCCCAGCCGGAGUACAGAGCCAGCAUUUCCGAGCCAACCAGGAGGAUUAUGGAGAUGAUUCCUCACCUGUUUCACCACGUUCCCAUCCAUGAGAAGGACCAGGCACUGCGCAGAUUAAUAUACAAUAAGCACAUACCUCCCAUUGAAACCCCGGGCAGCAGCUCCUCUCUUGCUGGAUUCCAGGAGUUCCCAGCUGCUGUCCCAAGUGUCCCUCACGAGGUGGUUCAGCUGGACCCUCACGAGGAUGUGAAACCGCCACCAGAUCUUCCAAUCCUCUCCACCCUCAUGGUACCAGCGCUGGACACCAGCCGGGAGCAAGACGGCGAUGUGGAGUCGAGUAGUGUUCACGAUUACGACGCAUCCUUGUCUCCAGCAUCUUCCUCUGUGAAUAUCGCCCUGUCUACCUCACCGCUGCCUUUACACCAAGACGUCUACUCAAAUGACGUGUAUCCCCACAGCGAGGUGAGCAGGCUUCGCCCCCUGCACCUGGACAAAGAGGAGCGUGAGCUUGUGCUGGCCAAUCACAGAAAGGUGGCCCUCUAUCUUGAGGAGAAAAGGGAGGGCCUGAAGAGGAGGCAAGAUUUGGAGGAAGAACUUCUAAGAGCAAAAAUCAAAGUGGAGAAGCUAAAGGCCGCCCGACUCAGACAUGGAUUGACAAAUCCUCUUUAGGAGAGCAGAAUAGCUGUGACUUUUGGGCUGUCAAAGCUCUUUCUGAUGAGCAAAUGUGCUUCAGUUCGUAUUUGAGAGCAGUUUCAGAACUGGAAUUGCUUUAGAAACUUAGUGCCUCACACAGACACAGAAAAGCUGUUUCCUCUUUGAAGAAAAACUGUGAUAGAUGCUGGUAUCCCUCUCGCUUGCUUGUCAGGGUGCAAGAUCAGAUAGUAGCACUGUGAUGGGAUGAAAUAAAUGUAGAAUUCAAAAUUUUAGAAAAAUGUAUUUGUAGUAAUAAUGCACAUAUGCCUCUGUUGAACUUUAACCCAGAAUCUUCCACCUAAAUGUAGCAAUGAUGAUGUUAUAGUUACCUUUAGUAACAGUAUAGAGAUGAUCAGAUUCUUUUAAACUUGGACUAUUUUUGGUUUUUAACCAGUUUAUUUAACAUGUCAGUAAGUUAACUAGGAUUGUACCUUUAACUAAGUUUAUGAAAGUCCUAACAUAAGUCUGGAAAAACCUGUGAAUAUGAUCAGAAAUGUUUGAUCAUGGUUAUCAUCUCUGGAUGAGCUGGGUUUAAAAUAAUUCAUUAAAGGAGAAGUCUUCGUUUAAAUAUGGUAAACCUGUUCUCCCUAAACAGUAUCUGGUACCAUUUUAAUGCAAAAAAAA